GCGACGUGAAGCUCGGCGCAGAAGCGAAAAACAACAUGGCGUAUGUACACAAAACGUAAAAUGAUGUGGCACUCCACAUCAAUAGUAUUAUUUUAGUUAUAAAUUAUUAAUAGUUUUAAAACGAACCCGGAGUUUUGGGAACCGAAUACCCUAAAAUGUGAGCCUAAUAUUAAAAACAAACGCCGCAUCGAACAGGACGAUGGCGUGCUUCGCGCUCGAAGACAUCGAAGAGCUAGCGCUGUGCUCCUGCUGUAAGUGCGCCUUCGACGACGCAGAUAGAGCGCCCAAGAUCCUCGCGUGCAAACAUCACUUCUGUUUGGCGUGCACACGCGGCGUGCUCGGCGGCAGCCGCGAGGUGCGCUGCGUGCACUGCUGGAAGCGCACUGAGCUCCCCGAAGGCCGCGCAGAGGCUUUACCAACAUACGCGGCGGUGCUCGCUCUGGCAAGGAAACUGGCACCGGAGCCGCCUUGCGCUACUCACGCGCUGCCUGCUCUCUGGUGCGCAGCUUGCGGCGUGCGCGUUUGUCGAGCUUGUGACCAUUCACAUCACGCACACCCGUUGCGUCCCCCGCGGGAAGCACGGAUUCAGUUACAACGCGACGCUCGACUUCUGUUAGCCGAUCUGCAGCGUCUGGCCGCACGCCAACGUGACUUCCUGUUGCGCGCUCUUGAUGCUGCGACGGCGCUCAAAGUGCGCCUUGAGGCAGAACUUGCCGCGCCGGGCGGCCUUCUGUCAGCUACCGAGCGUGCACUCAUCGAGAUAGACUACGCUUUCGGUUCACUCGCUACAGCAUCUUCAGAACGAGAUCGCCUACGUGCGCGCCACGCCGAGGCGCUUCUGCAAUGCCGACUUGACGAUCUCAUUCGCAACGCGAGCAUUCCGCUCGACUUCGAGCUGUUGCGUCGGGCCCUCGCCGGUCUUGGAACAGCGGAAUUUACUUCUUCAUCAAUGGCAGAGUGUCGCGAUCCCGUUCUAUUUCUGGCCAACUAUUGCACGGCGCAGCUGUACACGCGACACUGCCUGGCGCGACGGGCUCGGCUCAUGGACGGCGCGACAGACAGCAUGGCAGCGACGCUUGAACUAGACGCGGCUCCGGACAUCUUAUCAGAUGCUGUGGACGCCUCUCCGGGGGCGACGAGUGGAACGACGGUGUCCAAUGCCGCCGUGGGAUCUCCUAUACUGCGCAAUCCUAUUGUGUUCCCUCUUUUUUAUUUUAAUAUAGAAGUAAACGGCUCGCCUUUCGGUCGCGUUGUGAUAGAAGUGCGCGAAGACGUUGCGCCGCGGAUGUCACGUAAUUUUUCCAUACUCACGACGGGUGAGCUGGGCUUAGGAUACCGCGGUUGCUCCGUUUUUCAGUGCUGGGAAAAUGAAAGCAUAAUAACGGGUGAUUUCGAAUUGAAUAACGGCCGCGGCGGUCGCUCAGUAUUCGAGGAAAGUUUCUUCAUGCCGGAUGAUACUAAGAUGGUAGCAGUUCGGGGUGCUGUGGGUAUGCGUCGUUCACAGAAACGUCAUGACAACUUAGGAUUGGUCGGGUCACAGUUUCGCAUCAUGCUCCGUGAGAUACGAGGCUUCACCGCCAUUUUUGCAUUCGUAGUAGAGGGCCUAGAUGUGGUCGAACGUUUAAGCCGCAUAGGCGACAGUGCCGGCAAGCCGCAAAGCACUAUCAUCAUCGCCAGCUGUGGCAAGCUCAAUUAACUUGCGCGUUUGUUUUCGAGCAUAUCAGUCGCGUCAUUUUAAACCUCCGAUCUCUCACCACCUUGUACCUUAUUUACAUUUUCUAAUCGUUGGACCAACCCUUAUAGUUUUGUCUUUAAAUUUUACUCAAACUGAACUAUUUUUGUAAGUAUAGAACGUUUUGAAGUAUUUACGCGAAGUUCGUCGGCUUGAGCUUCUAUACUAGUUUUAUUUGCGUUAAGUCAGUGUUGGGGUAAUGAGUGACGUUGUCGUGAUCGCGUGCUGUAUUGUAGCUUUCGUGUCCCGUUUCGCGAAAGCAAGUAAUACCGGCAACAGGGGUUCGGCGGUCGACGUACGUCGUCGGCCGUUCGUUUCGUUUCGUCCUAGAGUUUCAAAGCGUAGCGCAACGUGCGCCAGGGCUUCAACAACUCAUCUCGUUAGCGAGUUGGCCUAGUCUAGAUAUAUGUCCGAUUUAAAUGAAUAUAUUUUUGUUAUAAGUAUAAGAGUGCAUGUGGAGCGCUAGACGCGUUUGUUUAGCGUCAUUCAGAGUUUAAUCACCUCUGGUCGCACCUCAUCACGUUGUAAUAUUUAAGAGUUUAAAUAUAAAUUUUCGAUCGUAUAUGUGUCAAUAUAAAUGUUAAAUGUUAUAGAUGAAUAUUAUUGAUAGAGAUUUAUUUUGAGCGAGUCGCGCCGUCGCUCACCGUCGUUUGUGCGUAACGUAUAUCGAGCGCAGAAUGUUCGUUCUUGUAUCGACGUUAGUAUAAGCAUAUAGAUAAAUAUAUUUACAAGCUAUCGUUACCUCUCGAAAAGCGAUAUUCUUCGAAGCGAUACUAUUUAAUGAUAUAUCUAGCACGAAUUAAAUCUUCGGAAGCAAAAGACUGUGAUGAUAAGUAAGUAAGGCAGAUUGAGGAGGCCCAAAGUCUUCUGCCGGUGAGUGCCUGCUUAUUAUUGGGUAAAUAAACAGUAAAUACGUACUGUUUAUCGUGGUCGUGUCGUUCUAACGCGUAGCGGCAUCAGUUCGGGGGGUUGCAGGGGGGGAACUGAUCAAUCUUUGUGAUCAUCCUGUUUGUCGUAAAGACUUGCCUAUUUGUUAAGUUUAUUUUUCUAUAUUAUCAAUGUUUAUAUGAGAACCGUCGACAUCCGUAGUUCGUCGGACCUCUCUUGGUAUUCUAUUGACGUGUUGUAAAUUGUAAUUCGUGUUGACUAUUAAGAUUAUAUGUUUAAAUAAAUAGUAGAAGACGUUUUAUUUCUCGAUAUAGUUUAUAAUGUGAAGGUGACGACGAUGUCGUCUUGUUUGUUGAUAAUUGAGUGGCAUGUGAACUGUCCAUUGCGAAGUCGUGAUAUAUAGUAUAUGUAUAAAUAAAUACGUGGAGCAGCA